UCUACACAACACGUAGCACUUUUCUACAUAGUGUCUGGCAAUUCUGCAGCUGAGAAGAGAAGAAGAAGAACAACACAAUUAACAUACAUAGUGAUCGAUCGCCAUGUCUACGCAAAAACCUAAGCUUGGUCGGAUUCCAAGUAUCAGAGACCGAGUGGAAGACACUCUCUCCGCUCACCGUAACGAACUAGUUUCUCUCCUCUCCAGGUAUGUGGCUCAAGGAAAAGGGAUUUUGCAACCCCAUAGUUUGAUUGAUGAGCUCGAAGACGUCCUCGGCCAGGAUCAAUCAGCUCUGGAUCUUAGGAAUGGUCCCUUUGGUGAUAUUAUCAAGUCUGCACAGGAAGCCAUAGUUUUGCCUCCUUUUGUCGCAAUAGCGGUUCGUCCAAGACCUGGAGUCUGGGAAUAUGUCCGUGUUAAUGUCUUUGAACUCAGUGUGGAACAAUUGAGCGUUGCUGAGUAUCUCAGCUUCAAAGAAGAACUUGUAGAUGGAAAGGUUAAUGAUAAUUUUGUAUUGGAGCUUGAUUUUGAGCCAUUUAAUGCAACAUUUCCUCGCCCAACCCGCUCCUCAUCCAUUGGCAAUGGUGUCCAAUUUCUCAACCGCCACCUUUCUUCGAGUAUGUUCCAUAACAAAGAUUCCUUGGAGCCUUUGCUUGAUUUCCUCCGAGCUCAUAAAUAUAAAGGCCAUGCACUGAUGCUAAAUGAUAGAAUAAAAACCAUCUCUAAACUUCAGUCUGCUUUGGCUAAAGCCGAGGAUCAUCUUUCUAAGCUCGCACCUGAUUCUCUCUAUUCUGAGUUUGAAUAUAUAUUACAAGGAAUGGGUUUUGAGAGAGGCUGGGGUGAUACUGCUGAACGCGUGUUAGAGAUGAUGCAUCUGCUAUUAGAUAUUCUUCAUGCUCCUGAUCCGUCUACACUCGAGACUUUUCUUGGGAGAGUGCCUAUGGUGUUCAAUGUUGUCAUAUUAUCUCCACAUGGCUACUUUGGGCAAGCCAAUGUCCUGGGUUUGCCUGACACUGGUGGACAGGUUGUUUAUAUACUAGAUCAAGUGCGUGCUCUUGAGAAUGAAAUGCUCCUUCGAAUCAAGAAACAGGGACUUGAUUUCACUCCUAGAAUUCUAAUUGUUACAAGGUUAAUACCUGAAUCAAUGGGGACAACAUGCAAUCAGCGGCUAGAAAGAGUCAGUGGUACUGACUACACUCAUAUUCUGCGUGUGCCGUUCAGAUCAGAUAAUGGAACUCUGCAUAAAUGGAUCUCAAGGUUUGAUGUAUGGCCUUAUCUAGAGACUUAUUCAGAGGAUGUUGCCAGUGAAAUUACUGCUGAGUUACAAGGUUAUCCUGAUUUUAUCAUUGGAAACUACAGUGAUGGGAACCUUGUUGCAUCUUUAUUGGCUUAUAAAAUGGGAGUUACACAGUGCACAAUUGCGCAUGCACUGGAGAAGACAAAAUAUCCAGAUUCAGAUAUAUAUUGGAAGAAAUUUGAGGACAAAUACCAUUUUGCAUGUCAGUUCACUGCUGAUCUGAUAGCCAUGAACAAUGCUGAUUUUAUCAUCACCAGUACAUACCAAGAGAUUGCAGGAACGAAAAAUACUGUUGGGCAGUAUGAGAGCCACUCGUCUUUUACUCUUCCUGGACUCUAUAGGGUUGUUCAUGGAAUUAAUGUUUUUGAUCCCAAGUUCAAUAUUGUCUCUCCUGGAGCAGAUAUGUCAAUAUAUUUCCCCUACUCUGAGAAGCAGAAGAGACUUACAGCCCUGCACAGUUCAAUUGAAAAGCUAUUAUAUGAUUCUGAGCAGACUGAUGAUUGCAUUGGUUCACUGAAAGACCGGUCGAAGCCCAUCAUAUUCUCCAUCGCAAGGCUAGAUAGAGUUAAAAACAUAACUGGUUUGGUAGAAAGCUAUGCGAAGAACAACAAAUUGAGGGAACUGGUCAAUCUUGUCAUCGUAGCUGGUUAUAUUGAUGUGAAAAAGUCCAGGGACAGAGAAGAAAUUGCAGAAAUUGAGAAGAUGCAUGAACUCAUGAAAAACUAUAAUUUAAAUGGUGAUUUUCGGUGGAUUGUCUCCCAAACUAAUAGAGCACGUAACGGGGAGCUGUAUCGCUACAUAGCUGAUACAAAAGGUGCUUUUGUUCAGCCUGCUUUCUAUGAAGCUUUUGGACUUACAGUUGUGGAGGCCAUGACUAGUGGGCUUCCCACAUUUGCUACCCUCCAUGGUGGUCCUGCUGAGAUCAUCGAGCAUGGUGUAUCAGGAUUCCAUAUUGAUCCUUAUCACCCUGACCAAGCUUCAAACCUAUUGGUUGAAUUCUUCCAACGAUGCAAGGAGGAUCCAAGCCAUUGGAAUAAAAUAUCUGAUGGCGGUCUUCAAAGAAUUUAUGAAAGGUAUACAUGGAAGAUAUAUUCUGAAAGGCUUAUGACUUUGGCGGGAGUUUAUGGCUUCUGGAAACAUGUUUCCAAAUUAGAGAGGCGUGAAACUCGACGAUAUCUUGAGAUGUUCUAUAUCCUUAAGUUUCGUGAUUUGGCAAAUUCUGUUCCACUUGCAAAGGAUGAUGCAAGUUAACCAGCUGGUGUCUCUGGCCAUGUAUUUUCACCAAGGAAUAACAGCAGACAAUAAAGAGUAGUUUUCUUUGUGUAUAAAAGUCUGCUUGUGUUGUAAAAUAUUGUUCUGCCGAACUAGAGGAGCUUCAUGGAAGCUUAUGCAGUUAUGUAUAUGUUUAAUGUGAUUGUGUUAGAUAUGCAGGGCAGUAGUUGUUUAA